AUUGACACAAACAGAGUCCAUCUGAAAACAGUCUCGAGAAACAUUUAUUGUUGAGAAUACAGUACUGUAGUCAAAUUGAGAUAACAUAAGCCUUAAAAUAAUAAAGCUAUUUACAGGUUUUUUCCCCCACCCACAAAUGAUCUUCAUAGCGGCAGAACAAAAUAGUUUUCAGUUGAACUUGAAUAGGUUCCUGCUCAAUACAACUUCGCGCGAGACGUCGUCAAUGGGUCGCUAAGCAACAGGUGGUAUCUAAGUCAACAAUAAACAAACUCAGAGAAGAAACGCAGCAUGGCGAAUUCACGAGCACCAGCACCAGUAACGGCAGACGAGAUGGUAGACGCAGCGUUUUACCUGGAGAAAGUUUCAAUAGCUGACGAUUCAGAGGAUGGCUAUGAAUACGAAGAGGUCCCAGCAGAUGAUGACUGGAGCAUCACAGAGGGGGAUGACGAUUUGGAAAACACAGUGAAAGCCAUCUCUGAACAAACAGAUAACACACAGGCAGCAGACCAGAGGGCAGCCUUAGCCAAACAGCCAGUUUCUCACAAGCCGGAGGCAGUGGACGAUUUCCUCAGAAACUUCCUCAUAAAAAUGGGCAUGAGCAAAACCCUUGACUGCUUCCAGACAGAGUGGUAUGAGAUGACAUACAGAGGCCUGCUGAACGCGGAGCAGGUAGGGUUUGUCCCUGACGUGUACUCCCACAAUCAGCACCUGGAAAACGAGAUUAAAAGCCUGAAGAAAGAACAGGGGACUUACAAGCGGGCUGCUUUGAAAGCUGGGGAUGUUCUAGUGAAGCUGCGGAAGGAACGGGAUUUUCACAGGAUGCAGCACAAGAGGGUUGUGCAGGAAAAGAACAGGCUCAUCAGUGACAUCAAAAGGCUGAAAACGCACUAUGCCUCAUACGAGCCAGCGCUGAGGCAGCUGCAAGACAAAUAUAAAACUGCUCUGAAGCACAAAAUGCUCACAAGCUUGGAGAGGGACAGAGCCGCGGGGCAGAUCACUGGGUUACAAGCAACACUGCGUAAUAUACAGCCUGAGCAGCAGAUGCCUCCUCUGAGCACUGCGAUACAGAGACCUUGCAAAGAGGCUAGUGGGGCACAGGGAGGCUGCAGACAGAAACAGGAGAGCAGGGAGAAGAUGCUGCUCACAGAUUUGGUUGCUCCAUACGAUCCCGCGAAAGACCCAACCAAGCAGACUGUUAACAAGUACCCAGAUGAUUCCGAAUUUCCUCUCGAUACCCGAGUGAACCCCAACCUCGCCCAGGUCAAAGGCCAAGCCAGUCACGUGACCAGGUCCAGUGGAUACAGGCUAACCAACACCCUGAAAGUGCACGAGCUGGCUGUUAGCAGCCUGGCAGCGCACCCUCGUAAGCAGAUCGUAGUGACUACCAGCGAUGACUGCCACUGGAAGAUGUGGUCAGUCCCUAACGGGGACAUCAUAAUGGCUGGAGAAGGGCACAGCGAUUGGCUGUCCAGCUGCUGCUUUCACCCCGAGGGCAAUAAGCUGGCAACUACCAGCGGGGACACAACUGUGAAAAUCUGGGACUUCUCCAAGGGCGAGUGUGUGCUCACGUUCGAGGGGCACACUCACGCGGUUUGGGGCUGCUCCUGGCAUUCCUGUGGUGACUUCCUGGCCUCCUGUUCUAUGGACAACACCAGCAAGAUCUGGGACCUGAACAGCAAGAGAUGCCGCUACACUCUGCGUGGGCAUGCCGACUCGGUUAACAGUGUAGAGUUCCUGCCCUUCUCCAACACUCUGCUCACAAGUUCUGCAGACAAAACCCUCUCGCUCUGGGAUGCAAGAACUGGUCUCUGCGCUCAGACAUUUUAUGGGCAUCUGCACUCCUGUAACCACGCCACCUUUAACUUGACGGGCGACACCGUUGUGUCAUGCGACUCCUACGGGGUAGUGAAGCUUUGGGAUGUGCGGAAGGUGGCGGCGAUGUUAACCGUUGACACAGGUCCUCACCCUAGCAACUGUGCCACCUUUGACCUAUCAGGUCGUCUGGUGGCUAUAGCCAGCAAUGACGGAGCAGUGAAACUCCUGGAUCUUGCAUCUGGGCAGGUCUCAAGUUUAUUGGGACAUGAGGAUGCCGUACAGAGUGUGAUCUACGACUGCAAGGGUGAAUUCCUUCUGUCAGGCAGUUCUGAUGGUACUGUGCAGGUCUGGUCUUGAAAAUAUACUUCGUACAGCUGUAAUAGAAUAGAAUAUGUUCAUUAUAUAUCUGCUUCUGUGUGUGGAUUUGAUGAGGUUUUACUGAUUUCCUAAUAAUUUUUUUUUAAAAAAAAACUGUACUAUUGGGCUUGCCUUCUCUGAUUGCAUAACCCUAAAACCCUUAAGUCUCUGUACUGUAUCAAUAGCAAACACGUGGUUCAGUAUUGAUAACUUAGUGAUAAAUACUGGCAAUACCAUUCAUACCAAAAUGGAAAUGCAAACAUCAAUUGCUUUAUUUUGAUAUGCAUGGUAACUUAUUAUAAUCACCAUUUAUAAACACCAACAUAUAUAAACCAAUUUCUUAACACUAGCAAUAGUAUCACCCUAAUACUCUACCCUUGCAGUAUACUACAUUCUUAGAAGGAAUACCUGUCAAGCUAAAUAUUUAGUUUUAAUGCUCUUUGUAGCAUGAAUAGUGUAUUUCUUAAAAUUAAGUGUAACCACAAGAGUUUGUACUUCUGUUUAUUUAUUUUUUGGCUUUAUUCUAAAUAUUUAUGAAGAAUGAUUUGUACAGAAUUGUGCAGGAACAACUAUUAUUAUUUUCAGGAAGAAGUAAAACAAUAAUUCAUUAUUACUACGUCAUAUUUUUUAAAUAAACUUUAACAAAAAACAGAUUGCAUUUAAACACUUAUCCCACUGUCAGUUUGCAACAUUGGACCACUAGAUGGCACCAGCUGAGUUGAAUACUGUGCAUCUUACCAUCUCCCAAGGUGACACUUGCAGCACAGCAGUGUACAGGUCUGGAUUCUGGAACAUACAGUACUUGACCAGCACUGGUUGUCACCAGUAGUCUAGAAUGUGCAAUGGAAGCCCCUCCUGAAAGGAAAGAGAAAUCUGAUUGUUGGUGGUACAGAUAUCGAAAUGCAAAUUGAUGAAGGGGCUUCUUAAUUACAAAAA